CAACUGCGCAAUUGAUUGUGCACCGCUAUUUAUCAAAGAGAGUAGCAUCAAGGAGAUUAGGAUGUAGUCCUAAAUGCGCACGCUGUGGCGAAGGUUUGACCCCAGCCUCUGCCAAUGUAGCUGACAUGUCAUCCGAAAUGUUACUCGAGUGUUAUACAGACAACUGUCUUCGAGAGAAGCGGUGAAGUGCAACAGCUCCAUGCGCUGAGAACGGACAGCAGAAUAUUCAACAGAGCGUGCACUUGGGAUUCCGAAGGCAACUAGACUGACCCCCCCCCUCACUCUCCCUCCCUCCUUCACUCCAGUCUCUCCCUCGCACAGAGUUUUCCGUCCUGUGUCAGGAUAAGAGCAUUUCUGGCAGUAAGAAACGGCACAAAUGGAAGCAGUUGAGAAAACUCUCACUUACCGAGACAACACCGGACCUUAUGGAAAGCUGCUCCCUGGAAAUAAAGACAAGGACAAGUGCAACCCUAAAACAAAAAGUGACGAAUCCAAUUAUGUUGAUUUGGAUGACUUAAUUGAUAUGAAAUCAGAGGUCACAAAAACUGUUAAAGUGGCUUUUACCGGUGAUGGUAACCAACUGGCGGUAUUCAAAUGCAACAGUGAUACGUCCGGAGAGAGGAGCCCCUGGAUUCGCGAGAUUGAUGACAAUGUGGAUAAAAUCUAUGAGGAAGAAUCGAAGGACAAGUCAGCAGAUAGGCCUGUAUCGGAAGAUCCCCCCAUGGACACGUAUUUGACAGAAUUUAACAGCAAUGUGGACUUGGAGAAUGACAAUAUGACAGAACUCCAGAGCGAAAUUGUGCCUCGUGAUUAUAAUGUCCCCAGCGAGUGUGAGGAGUUACAAUACACAGACAUGUAUUUGAACAGUAAAACCGAAUCGGACGACUGUGAGAGCGUAGUAUUGUCGGACCAUUGUGCGCCUGAUACCGAAAUAGACGAAUCGCACUACAUUACAACGCACGAAAUCCAACUGACAGAGCUUGACCAUGAUGUCGAUUAUGAUUUGGGACGGGGAAGCUGUUGGGAUAUUGAGGACGAUAAUCUGGUUUAUUCAUUUGUGGAUUAUGCCUCUUUUGAAAGCGAUGAAACAACAAAGGGGACUUUGAUAGGCCUGGUAGAUGGUAGGAGCCAGGCGAAAGUGAAAAGCAGUAAGGCGCAAUAUAAUAAUGUGCACCAAAGUGUUGCUGGUUGUGCAGUUGUCAGCACUGAGAGUGAGUUUUGUGACUCUGACAAAUGCCCCAGCUCAGAUGAAAGCAUUUGUAAAAACCAAAACGGUAGUGGGAAUUCGGCGGGGCAAAUUCACCUGUCAAUCAAGACCUCAUCCAGAGCGAUAAAGGACUAUAACAAUAUCAUUGAGAAUGAAAACAUUUGUUAUCAUACCAAGAAUGUGGGAGACAGGAGCCACUUCUUCUUUACAAGCACUGACGCCAGAGCGGAAGCCUUGUGCGAUAGAUCCCAAUAUUUUAUCCCAGCCCCGGGACGUCAACACUUUGCAACUAAAUUAAGAGGGAAAGAUGUUAACGAAUAUUCCAGCGGUGCGUCAAGUUCGAUAAGUGAACUGGACGACGCUGAUAAAGAAGUGCGUAAUUUAACCGCCAAAUCAUUUAGGAGUUUAGCAUGUCCCUAUUUCGAUGCUAUACAUUUGAGCACUUCAAGUGAGUCUUCAAUGUCAGAAUAUGGGCUUGGCUUAAACAAGUGGUCAGCUUUCGUUGACCUUAAAUAUGGUAACAUGUCACAGGGCAGAGACCAAAAUGUAAUCGCCCAUAAGAGUGCAACUGCAACUUUUGAAAUGAGCAAGAACGCAGACUAUAAGAGUAUAAAUGGUAUUGCCAUAAGCAGUAAGAAAGGUCCCCAAACAAAUAUGUUUUCUUUGAAUACAAAAAGAUCUAGUCCACAACAUGCAUCUUCCUCUACCCAAAAUGUAGAGCUUACAGGCCCAUUUGAACCAGGCAGGGAGGUUAUCACUUUGACAAAGACAUUGGAUUUUCGCUGUAAUGUUGAAGCGGGGUCACCUGAACGCGGGAAGCCUCCCAAAUAUUCAGAAAAUGCGUCAGGAGCACGUUCCAUGGAUGAAGUUCCCGGCACCUUGCCAGCAGAGCCAGGAUAUGAAGUGAGCUACCAACACAUUGACGCGGGUGAUAGCAUGGAAGGCACACAUAAGAAGGCAAGUUUUGCAUCAAGUCUCUUAAAAAAUGUAAUAUCCAAAAAAAUGCAAUUUGAACAGGAGCGCAAGAUGGAGAGGGGGGAAAUACGGGACACGCAUCCCACGCACUCCCCAUGCUUUCAAUGCAAGGAUCAAGAUGGGGUAAGAGAGAGGGAUACAGAGAAAGGCGUGCAUAGUCAAACCUCAGAAUCGGGUUCGGGAUACACAAGCAAUUCUUCUGAUGAACAAGGGGCUGUGGACCGUAGACCUAAUUCGUGUGACCCCAAAGAAGAGCUUACUGAGGCAUUAGAAAGCUUUCAGACUAUAAAUGAGGCACGAUUAGAUUUUCAAAAGGAUGCAUGCGAGCCCACAAGAGGAUCCCUGAGCCAUAGCCAAAACAGCGCAUUCAAAUCAUGGAGGGAUGGUGAGCCAGAGCCCCAAGAGAAACAUGAAAUUCGUACCAUUUUAGAUGGGACACCCUCGACAACUGAUAAUAUGGGGGAAAGGGAGUUAGACUCCAGAGCUGUAAGUAGCAAGCUAACUAAAUUAUCACACUUGUUUGUUCCAAGUUCCCAGCUUCUCCCUAAAGAAAAUAAAUUGAAAGAACAGGUGUCAGACAGUAAUUUAGUCGGUGCGCAAAAAGAGCAACGGGGGUACGGGGAGAGAAAGUUUAGACCUGACAACAAUGCAGGAAUCGUGAAAGGGUCAAAGGCACCCGAGAUAAAAAUACGUCUGAGGAGCGUAAAAGAAAACAAAUGCAAUCCGCUAAAUAUUGACAACUUGUUAACCCCUAAUAUAAGUUAUCCAAUAAAGUCAGCAGGUGACUCCAAAUGUCAGGUGCUGCCAGCGUCAGACAGAGUGCCACACUUUACGGUUAGGGAUAUAAGGGACAAUAAGUGCAAGUUUCAGACGCCAAUUCAUCAGGUUAGAGACGUGCGUAAAUUGGUCAAGAGUUCAUAUCGUUUAGUCUCAGUGGAUAACAGCGAGAGUAAAGGUGCAGUCGCCACUGCUGCUGCCUCAUUACGCAAAGAUAAUAAAGCUUCUAAGAAAGAACCUGAUAAGAAAUCGCCCCCCUCUUCAAUUGUAAUAAAAUGUCAGUCUGUAAAUACAAAUAAUAGUACUAAACAGCAUGUGCUUGUAACCGAGGCUCCAAAGCGGAGACAAAUUGAGAACGAUAGGUCAUCCCCCAAACCAUCUCCAGAAUGUGCCAAAAAUGAACCCACGUCGCUGCACAGGGCGACAGGCAGACCUCCAAUUGGCUUCGCUAAACAGCCCAACACAGAUCAGUCCGAGGCUAAACAAAAGCAGGAAAAAAUGGUCGAUGCAGGUGAACGCAAACUGGAGUCAAAAAUACCAAAACAGGUGGCAUUAGAGAAACUAAAGGCGGCCGUUAAAACAAUGGAACAGCUUUAUGUUUUUGACAGAAAUGAAUGGAAGCGCAAGAGCCAGGCUCCCUGGCCUAUUACAGACAGUCAUGUUCUGUCACUUAUUGCUAGAGAGGAGCAUGGUGGCCCCGAGGAGCAAGGUGCAACAGGUGGCAGAGAGAGGCUUAGUACAGCGAUAAACACAGACAGGUUGCCAGAAACAUGCAACAUUCAAGAAGAGAAAGGUUGUCUAAGAAUAAUCAAUGUCCCAUUCACAGAGGACACCUUUAAAACCAAGUCACAACAAAGUAAAACGUUUAGUAACAAAAGCGUGUUCCAUUUGGGGAACAGCAUUAAGACAGCUGUCAGUAGCAGCAGCACUAAUAGCUGGAAUGGGCCACAAACCUGUUCUCCAUCACAUGCAACCUCUAUGGUGAAAAGCAUUAGCUCUAAGACCCCGAAAGCUCCACUGUCAUUGAAAAUAUCCCCCCCAAAACGAGCCCUUGUGGACAGGGGAAGGUUCAAAAGCAGCCCCACCACAGAGACUCCACCACAGCCCAUCAAAUCUGGCAACCCAGACACUGAAAACUACUUAACAAUACCUGUAGAAGGCAGGAGUGUCGGUCAAAUGAAACUGCCCAUUCAAGAGCAGGUAUUCCCAAGCAGCCCUGCCGCCAGUCAACCUGGCAUCACCGACAACAAGAGACACAAGCAUAAUUAUAUCCAGUCCCUCAAACGGUCCCCUGUUGUCAUAGAGACGCGGCCCCCGGAUACCCCCACUACCGCCACCAUCUACCACCACUCUCUACCAGUGGUCAAGCAAGGAAACCCCCAGCCGCAGGUGUUCUGCUUCUCCCCCCUCCAUUGCCCCCUUGCUCACCACCCCUUCGGGGGGAGACGCCUUCCAGCCUACCCAGAGGAAGAUGCUCUUUGAUCCCACCAACGGACAAUACUACCUGGUAGACACGCCGAUUGAGCCAGUCACCCAGUGUCUCUUCGACCCUGAGAUGGGCCAGUAUGUGGACAUGCCCAUGCCUAUGCCCCAGCCGCAGCCAGUGACCUCCGUAUCCCCCCCUGGCGCUGAACCCGGGAGGGGUGUACGCACCCACCUACAUGAUCUACCCGGGGUUCCUCUCACCCACACUUACUGCCCAGACGGUGAUGGCACCCCAGGUUGCAACCCACAUGGUGUCCCAAUUAGAGGACGAGAGCAGGGAGAUGGCUCAAGGGAAAUACACCCUGGUGCAGGAGGGUAACAUGAUGGGGGCAGAGAGCCCCUACUACAGUGCUACGGGAGAGUCAGUGCCAGCGUCAGUGCCUGUCAUCUUGGGCCACCACGUCACCACCCAGGGGAGUGCGGUGACGUCAGAAGGGAAACCAGCGGUCAUCAGCAUCAUGUCGCAGCAAUGCCCGAGAAUCAUCGCACCACCCUCCUUUGAUGGGACGACCAUGAGCUUCGUGGUGGAGCAUCGAUAACCACUAAGGGAAUAUACACAGAGUGCUUCUUGAGGAGCCUGUCCAGUGAUAAGUAGAUAUUUUAUGGUAAUCUUCUCACACCCUUCUUCGCACCCAGUCCACCAAAUUCCACCUGAACCCACAAUGUUUCCAAGCCCAACCACCUGCCACCAUCACCGCCCCCUCCAACUCUAUCCUGCCGGUGGUCGUUGCAACAUGUUUGUAUCUGUAAAGCUAUGCCUACUGCUUGUUUGUAAGGUAGCUAAUUGCUUUGUAAGACUGCUUUCGGAUCUGUAUUUAGAUUACAGACCAUCCCUUUUGUUCAAAAGCAAUUGGAUUCAGGGACUGCAAUAUUGUGAUUCAAAAGGAAAUAAUGACUGUUUUCCUAUUAAGAUUCAACAUUUUAGACACUUUAUUGGGUCCACAAACAUUGAAUUCAGCAUGUUUCCCUUCCUGUGAAUCUCUUUUGAUUUCAGAACAAACAAGAUAUCUUUUUCUUUCUCACAGUUAUUGUUGAAAAAAUAUAUUGCAGCAUACAGUAUCAUUCAUCAUACAGUAGCAUUCAAUGUACAAGCUGCUAUGAUUAAUGGGAGAAUAAGUAAACAUUUCAAUUUAAAUGGAAGGCCCAUAAAUGUCACACACGUGUGUGUGUGUGUGUGUGUGUGUGUGUGUGUGUGUGUGUGUGUGUGUGUGUGCGUGCGCGGGUGUGAUUGUCCCAACAAAAAUAUUUAAUCAGUAGACAUAAUCAGUAGACAGUAGACAUCAGUAGACCCUAUUACACCAUACAUUGGAAAACAUUUGCAUUUGCACGUGGGUCAAUUCCAAUUUAAUGCAUCAUAUAAAUUCAAAAUCCAAUCCAGGAAGGAUUUUUAAUAACGGAUUUUUUUUUUUUUAUUCUCUGAACUGAGGCGUUUCCUUUUUCUCUUGGCUGUUAGGUGACCUGUAGACGUAGAAAACCUUUUUCUUUCUCUCUCUGAACUAGCUGCACCCAUUGUUUCCUAAUUUUGCAGGUAAUGGCCACACAGUUAUUGCAUUGUGUGAUUUGAUGUGCUUUUAUAUGACAUUCGUAUGGCACUCUCUUUGUAUGCAAAUAAUACGAGGAUAGACUUUAAGAGAAACACACUAAGUGUGUUGCCGAGAAAAGCUGGAACCCUGGGACCUGCCACAUAUUUAGUGGUUGUUCAGGGUCAGAGGUUGGCUAUAUAGUGUAUUUGGGGCAAACAUUUCCCAAGUAGCUUUAGGCUUAGGGGAGCCAGCUAUAGUUGACACCUUUUAGGGGAUAACCUCCUCUAUAGGUUUUGGCUAACUUUUACACUCGUGUGUAAGAUGACAAUGAUAUGGUGCCUGUGUGUGUAUGCACUGUAGGUGUUUAGUAAUUUUGAGGUAUUAUGCAUUAUGUGAACAGACAACAGGCUGGCGUGCUACUUCAGCGUUAAAGAGGGCAUAGAAGUAGAAUACAGAGGGCUCAGAUAAAUUUGAAAUGCAUCAGGUCGAUCAUUCAUUCAUACAUGAGUAUUAUUUACGUUUUCACAAUGUUUUGGGUAGUUGCCUACUUGUAAACAGGAACGGGAAAGGAAUUGUCUUUCCCUUUCAUCCUUUUCUUAAAUGGCAAUUAUUAAAAAAAUAAUGGAUACUGCCAA